AUGUCACCGUGCAGCCUGAGUCUGGGUCAGGGUCUCCGGAUCCUCGAGAUGGUGUUCUGCGCGCUGGCCUUCAUCAUCCCGAUGUUCCGCGGCUCCAUGUCCAGUCCCUACGGGAUCUGGUGCGAGUUCGUGUGGGUCUUCGGACUCGUCGUGGCUGUGGUGAUCUUCGUUAUCGAGAAAUGCCUGGUGGAUAAACUGAUAGAGAUCUUGGUGCUGAAGCACACGUGGGACGAUCUCUCCUGCGGACUGACCCUUCUGUCAUCCAUCAUGCUGCUAUCCGCCUCUCUCAUCUAUAGCACUGUGUUUGUGUGCUCAACAUGCAUCGCGGAUAUGAUUUGCGCCAGCGCCUCCAUUCUGGCUUGUGUGGCGUACGUGUUGGACGGGGUGAAGUUGAAACUAAAGUGUCCUGAAGGUUAUCUCUCCAGAAUACGGGGAGUCCUGCGCUUCAUGCAGGCGUUCGUGGCCUGUCUGCUCUUCACUGCGGUCUACACAUGCUUUAAAGGGGUGGAGAUCCGAGUCCCUGGUGGGUUGAUCUGGUGCAUUCUGGUCUACGUGGUGUGUUUUCUUCCCACCGUGGUGGUGAUUCUCACACACCUGCAAAAGUGUGUGAACCUUCUGAAAUGCUUUGACCUCAAUAAAUUGGAGCUGGUGUUUGACGCAGUGGCUGUGGCUCUGUACGUGUCCGCGGCCAUCAUCUGGCCUGUGUUUGGGUAUAAAAACUAUAAAAGAGACUCCAAAUUCCACGAGACUCGCAUUCAUGAUAUCAACCUCGUCACUAUCAUGACGUAUGUGAACUUGGGGCUUUACAUCGCAGACCUCGUUUUGACAUUGAUUGUGUAUUGUAAAAACAAGUAG